AUGUCAGGCCUAUUGGAUAAAGUAACAUCCACAUUACGUGGAGGUGGUUGUGGAUCUACUAAAACAAUUCCCUACACAGAUGUAGACUUAAAGUCCGAUAUUUAUGAUACAGAUAUUUUCAUUACUAGAUUUGAUUCUAUUGUCUAAAUUAUUUCUAGUAAAGCAACUGUUGCUGCUAACUAAUCAGAAGCCUAAGAAAUAAUGAUAGCCAUAUAAUGGUUUAUUUUUUAAGAGGAAAACAUUUACAAACUCAUCAAAAAUGAAGAAAAGGUCAUGAAAUCAUACAACUUAAUUAUAGAUGGAAUUUAAAAAUUAUUGAAAAGUUGUUUAAUCUACAUCAGAACGGAUUCAUUUAAAAGUUUAUUUAUCUUAAGGAUAUCCGCAUCUCUAUCUAAAGUGAUAUUUAGUUUCCAUAUGAGAAAAGCGUAAAGGUUCAUAAAUUGGGAUACUUAGAAUCAAAUUUUGGAUAUUUGUGAUCAAUUAAGAUAAGAAAUGUCAAUAGAGAAAAAUGAUUUAAUUCAAAUAUAAUUGGAACUUUACCUUUCUCUAACUUAAACUUCUUUUCAGAUGGCCCCAAAUAAUGGUAAAGAAAGGGAAGAUAUUUUACAUGGUUGUUUAGAAGGUAUCAUUAACUCAAUAUUUGAUAUGAAACCUAGUGUUGAUUUGUUUAAAUCAUUGUAUAAGGGAGCCGUUCUGCUUUAUGAUGAUUAUACAGUCUAGAAAAAUAGAAAAUAAUAUGAAAGUUAUUUUUAAAUAGAUAUUUUGUAAUGGGAGAUCAUAAAUAAUUUGAAAAAUGACAGCUAGAAUUUGGAAGAAAUACUAUUACAUAUGAAUAAAAUACACGAAAAUCUUGUGAAAAAUUAAAGUAAUUGGAAAAAUCAUUUUUUGUGGAUUUAAAUGAUUGGAAAAAUCAUAACUUAUCAUCCUCUAAUAACAAAAAAAAAAUUAAACCAGCUUACUAGCCCCUUCAAUUUUUAAGCCAAAUCAAAUUUCAUGUGGAAGGAAUAUCAGAACAAAGGGUUUCUAAUGUAAUUGAAUCAUAGCAAUGACUAAGCUUUGGUUUUACUAAAUUAAUUUAAAAAUAAAGAACUAUCUUAAAUUGAUAAAUUAAUACUAGAGGACACUUUCAUAGAAUGGGAAAACCUCAUGUUGCUUAAAGACUUCUUAGUGAAUUAAAAAACUGAUAAUAUCUAUUUCACAUUUGGUUCUUAUUUAAAAUUAAAAUUAGGAAGUAUAGAACCCUAAAAAGAUGAAUAAAAGACAAUCUGCAAAAUUUAACAAUUUCUUGAUUUCAUCAUUUCCAAUAAAUUGCUAGCUUUGAUUCAGGAAAAUUAUGAGAGAUUGGGGAUCAUAGUUAAAGAUUUUUUAAAUUUUAUCAAAUAAAAUAUGUAUUUUGAUGCCAAAAUAGAAUAAGCCAAGCAUAAUUCAUAAUUAAAAAAAAUAAAUCUCAACUUCAAAGAAUUUUUCCAAAACGCCCUAAAAAUCAUUAAAAUUAUUAGGCUAAGUAAGAGGAAAUAAAACUUUUAAUUAGAAUAAUUUGAUUAGAAAAAAAAUAAUGAAUUUUAAAUUUUUUAAUAGAUUAAAUACAUUUUGAGACUAUUAGAAUAAAUAUUAUCAUAAGCAAUUUAAGAUCUUAAUAGUAAGAAAAAUGAACCUAAUGAAAGUAAAGUGAUGUAAUAAUAGUUAGAAGAGAUUUAGAAGUAAUUAUAAAAUCUAAAUCUAACAGAAGAAAAUUUUUCUUUCUUAAAUAAGUUUUAGUAGAAGCUAAUUGCCUUAAUUAGUGCAACUCCUAACUUGAGAAGUUUUUUGAAAGAAGCUUAAUGCAUGCUAAAACUAAUUGAAUAAACUGUAAAAUAAGUCUCUGAGCUAGAAAUUUUGUUACUUCAAAAGAAGAGCUUAAUUUAAUACUUUUAAUGUUUAUUGAAUAACCUUAAUUCUUAUUAUGAACACCAGAUCUAAGAACUUCAAAAUUAAUUUAACGAAUUAAAUUUAAGGUUGUAGACAUUUCUAAUUUUACAGUAUGAAAUAGACACUGUUUCUUCACCUGAAUAAUUGAAAGAAAUUUAAAAAAAAUAUUCUUAGUAAGUUUCAUUUUAAUUUCUACACUAACAAAGACUGAAUAUUUUAAAACUUAGAUCGCAAUUAAUCACUUUCAAAGAAUGUUUUUAAAAUAUAUUCUCAAUUCCAUCAUAAGAAUUUUUAAAGUAUCUAGGUGAAAUCAAUUUAGAUGGGUUUCCUCUUAAUGUAAUUUAGAGUUAUCCAAAACAAAUAAUCUGCUGUGACAGUUAAAUAUACCAAUAGGCUAUUGCUGAUUUAAUGAAGUUAGAAAUUACAUAACAAGACUAUUAAAAUAAUUUAAUAAUAUUAAAAGGAAGUUUAGAUCUUCUUAUAUUUUAAUUAACUUUAGAAGAAAAAAUGAUUGAUUUGGAAAGAAUACAUUUAGAAUUAAUUGAAAAGGAGUUUGGAGAAUUAUUUGAAGAAACUAAUUCUUUAACUAUGACACUUAUAAGAAAUUUUUCUAUAGACUAAUCAAUAAACAUUAUUGAAAAUAAAAAUCUCAAUCAAGAUUAAUUGAAAAUUGAGAGAUAAAAGUAUGAGAUAUUACUAUAAUAAUUAAGAAAAAUUAACUACUAAGAAAAUUGCAAGGAAGGAGAAUAAAUACAAUUACUGGUUGAAAAUGUUGUUAAAUUAUUGAAAGCUUCCAUUAACUAAGAACUGGAAAUUUUUAGAAUGCCAAUCAUAAAAAGAAUAAAUGAUUUAAAAGUAAAAUUUAAUGAAUUAAAAACAAAAUAUGAUAAGAUCAAGGAAGAAGAUAAGGACGAAUCUAAUAACCAAAAUAGAAAAAAUUUAUCAAUCAUUAUUAACAUUCUAUAAUUAUUGUAAAUUAAAGCUAGAUAAACCAGGCAAAAGUUAGCAUAAUUCUUUGAAAAUGUUAAAAAUUUUACUAAAAGUCGUGAUGUUCUAUAAGAAUGUUAUGAGGAGAUGUAUAUAGGUUUUUUAAGUUGUUUUUAAAACCAGUUAAACCAAUUGAAGGAAUAUCAAUUCACAACUGCGAAUUUAAAAUAAUAUGAAACAGAAUCAAGUAAAGAAUACUUUUCAAGAAUUUCGAUCAACUUGUAUGAUGAAAAUUAAUCAGAUUAAAAGAAUACUUAAAUAAUAAAUAUUGUUCAUUUUCUCUAUUAGUUAAUGGCUGAAACAAAAGAAAAGCUAAUGAAGUCUAAGUGGAAAUUCAUAGAAAUUUAGUUUGAUCAAGAGUACCUAAUUUAAUUAAGUAAAAUAUUAUACCUAUAAGAAAAUUAUGAGGAAUAAGAAGUUAAAACCAAUCAGUAAGAUCAAUUCUCUAAAGAUUAAUACAAUAAUGAUGAAUGGAAAAUUAAAUAGGGAUUAGUUUUAACAAUAAUUUAGAUUUCAUUGCAUAGCUUUGCAGAAAAAAUUACUCAAUUUUGUUAAAAAGAGUUAAUUGAAUUAUGGGUUCAAGAAAAAGAUCUAAGAGUUAGAAACCUUUUGAAAAAUGAAAAAUUGAUAAGUAUGUAAAUGCAGAUUUUAUCGAAAGAUUGGUAGACUUAAUAAGAUAGAAUUGCAGGGGAAAUGUAGGAAAUGUUGAGCAGAAUUGAUGAAUUGUAAGAAUAAAUUUCUCAUGAGGCUAAUCUCAACAAACGAGAUCUGUGCCUUAAAGAACUUGAUGAAACAACAGAGCAAUUAGAUUAAUACAUUAAAAAUAUUAGUGAAAUGGGUUAAUAAUUGAGACUGCUAACCGAUUUUGUUAAUCAUAUCAGAAAAGGCUUGAUUAGAGUGGAGGGGAAAAUCAAUGAAAUGAAGGAAUAACUCAAAAACAUAGGUAACGAUAUUAAAUUCUUGAGAGGAAAAUCUGUUGAAUAAUUAUUUGAAAUUAGAAAAUGGAAGGUGUUGAAAGAAGCUGCACUUAAGAAUACAAAAUCCAUUUACGUACCAUUAGAAACCAAGGAGAUUUAUCAUAAAGCAAUAGUAGACGAAAAGAAAGAGGAGAGUAUCUUGAUAAAUUUGGAGUAAAUUAAUGAUACAAAAGGAGAAGUGAAUGAGUUUUUAUUAGAAGAGAAAGAAACAGUGUUAUUAAUUCAUGGAGUAGCUGGAUCUGGUAAAAGUACGACAGCUAAGAAAAUAGAAGAAUUUAUUUGGAAAUUACAUAACAAUAAUAAAAAAAUAAGAAAUCGAAUUCUCAUCCCCAUUUAUAUUUCCUUACCCUCUUUAAAAAACCCUGUAUUUUAAGCAGUAGAGGAAACACUUCAUCAAGAUGAGUACGGUUUUGACGAUCUUUAAUUAAAAGAAUGCAAAGAGAUGUUAGAGAAAAAUGAAUUUAGAUUGUUAUUGAUAAUGGAUAGCUAUGAUGAAAUGAAACUAGAGAAUAUUUAGAAAAAUUUAUAUAUGAAUAAUAAAGUCAAAUAGAAUUGGUCAGACCCACUUGUUAUUUUUACUACAAGAAGUGAAAUUUUUACAAGCGUUAAUUAUGCCUUAUGGUUUGCACCUGAAAAAAAAGAAAAUUUAAAGGAAGUUCAGCUUGAAAAAUUUAAUCUAAAAAAAAUAAAAUAAUAUUUAAAAAAGUUUGCAAUUUAAAGUAUUAAAAUGUUGAUUUACGAAUUAUAUGAAUGGUAAUCUUAAAUUUCAAACCGAGGAGAGUAGGAUAUCAAUAAUUUUGAAGUUAAUUGGGAAAAAUUGUUUGAAUAGUGUUUGAGUUUGGAGGCAACAAAGGCUAAUAGUGAAGCUCUUUUGAAUUAAAAAGAAAUAGAUAAUAUUUUAUCAUUUUUGAAGAUUAAUUAAUUCUUUAAUUUAAAAAGUGUUGAAGCUUUAAGAAAUCUAAUGGUAAAAUUAUAAAAACUAUGGAGUGUUGAAAAGUAUGAAAAGAUGAUGAAUCAAAUAAAUUUAUAUAGAUUGAUAGAAACUCCCUAUAUGAUGGAAAUAAUAGUUUAAGUGUUGCCUAAAAUGAUGGAGAAGGCCUCAGAGAUAAUCAAUUUGAGAUUAAAUUUUCUAAAAAACUUCCCAAUUAUGCUUUAUGAGUUUUACAAAAGCAAAAGAAAAAGUAUAGAGCAUAGAAUAAUAAUGAAAUAGAAUAAAUUAAUGAAAUAGGAUAAUAGGAUAAUAAUGAAAAAGAAUAACAGAAUAAUAAUGAAAAAAGAAAAACAGGAUAAUAAUGAAAAAGAAUAACAGGUUACCUAAACCGAUGUGGAAAACUUGGAUAAAAUUAAUUACUUUGAAAUUGCUGUUGAGGUCUGGAAUAAAAUGGAAGAAAGUUCAAUCGCUAUCCACUUUCAAGAAUUAAAUCUUAACAAAAAUCUCUUUUUCGAACACUCCCUUAAACACUUCAACAAUUCAUUUUAAAAAAUUAGCAUUCUGAAAGAUAGAAUGAUCGAAGUUGUUCGCAAUGCAUUAUCUGAACUCAAUCUUACAAGUUUUGACUUUUACGAUGAAUUUAUUAAUUAAUAUCAUCAUCAAUAAAUCGAAAAGUAGAGAAACUUGGGAAAAUCAUUACAUAUUGAUAGGUUCUUACAUGACUUAAAAAAGUAUUCAAUCAAUCUUGCGAAAGUAAUGAGUGCAAAAUAAACGACAUAGGUUUAAUAUUAAUAAUAAGGAUUUUUGUAUUAAGAAGAAAGAGAAGAUGAAAAGUGGUAAAAUGAAUUUUUUAAUGAUGAUGAUCAUUAAUUUGGUUCUUAUAAGAAGGAUUUAAGAAGUUGCUCUCUAAUCAAAUAAAAAGGUAAUAACUUUUAAUUUGUCCAUAAGUCAAUUCAAGAGUUUUAUAUAGCGGCUGAUUUAUAUUCUGUAUUAGUGGUAUCUAAAGAACUUAAUAAGCAGACAUUCAAUUGGAUAUUAGAAUAGCUAUCAAAAGAGAACAAUUAUGAUAAGAAUUGGUUAGAAUAUUCACCACAUUUAAUAAAUUAAGAGAAAAUAAUUAAGUUUCAUGUUUUAAUUAGAGAUUUGAAAGUAAAUGCUUUUAAAAAAAAUAUUGAAUCAACGCUAAGUCUUUUGAAAACAUUGAAUAAACAUGAAUUUUUUUUAGAUAAUUAUUCUAUUGAAACAUAUGUAGAAUCUAGAAAGUAUUUAAUCUAAAAAAUAAAAAAUGAAGUAUCAAUAAUUGAGUUUUUGAAAUUUCUGGUUCAAUUGACGGCCAUUGAAAGUAGUUUUAUAUAGGGAGGAUCUAACUCACUGAAUUUAUUAGUUGAGAUGUAAAUUGAUCUAACUAAUCACAAUUUUGAGAAAAUAAGAAUCAAAAAUACUUCCAUAGUUGGAGGAAAUUUUUUUCAAAGUAAUUUAAACUAAUCUGAAUUGACUGAUGUGAACAUAAAUGCAAUUAAUCUAAAUAGAGCUUAAAUGUUUGGGUGCAAAUGGAAGAGAAUAAAGAUUAAUGAUAUAUAUUCAUUAGAUGGUCAUUCAAGAUAUGUUAACACAGUCAAUUUUUCUCCUGAUGGUAAUAUGUUAGCGUCUUGUAGUUUGGAUAAGUCAAUCCGUUUAUGGGAUGUUAAGACCGGAUAAUAAAAAGCCAAAUUAGAUGGUCAUGAUGAUGCAGUUUCUUCAGUCAAGUUCUCUCCUGAUGGUACUACGUUGGUAUCUGUUAGUUCAGAUUCCUCUAUUCGUUUAUGGGAUGUUAAGACCGGAUAAUAAUUCGCCAAAUUAGAUGGUCAUUCUGAUGCAGUUUAUUCAGUCAAUUUCUCUCCUGAUGGUACUACAUUAGCAUCUGGUAGUUAAGAUAACUCUAUACGUUUAUGGGAUGUUAAGACAGGAUAAUAAAAAGCCAAAUUAGAUGGUCAUUCGCAUUUUGUUUAUUCAGUCCAUUUCUCUCCUGAUGGUACUACAUUAGCAUCUGGUAGUCGGGAUUUUUCUAUCCGUUUUUGGGAUGUUAGGACCGGAUAAUAAAAAGCCAAAUUAGAUGGUCAUUCAUCAACAGUUACUUCAGUCAAUUUCUCUCCUGAUGGUACUACAUUAGCAUCUGGUAGUGAAGAUAACUCUAUCCGUUUAUGGGAUGUUAAGACAGGAUAAUAAAUAGCCAAAUUAGAUGGUCAUGAAAAUGGAAUUCUAUCAGUCCAUUUCUCUCCUGAUGGUACUACAUUAGCAUCUGGUAGUGGAGAUAACUCUAUUCGUUUAUGGGAUGUUAAGACAGGAUAAUAAAAAGCCAAAUUAAAUGGUCAUUCAUCAACAGUUACUUCAGUCAAUUUCUCUCCUGCUAUAAGGUACUAUCGGAUUAAACUAUGGAGUGUACACAAAAUAUUCAUUGUUUUCAACUUUAUGGAUUGA